AUGUCCACUCCCGAUGAUGCCACAGGAGUGGCAGCGUUAGAUAGCCCCGUCCCAAAGCCAAGGCCGCGACCUCGACCGCGCGGCCGCAACAGCGCACCAAGCGAGUCCUCUGAGGGCGCGCACAUGUCGGACGCGGAGCAGGAGCCUGUAUCCGAUGCCGAAGCAGCGCAGGGAGACACCACAGGCACAGACUCAGACGCAGCACCCCCCCCGCCGCUGCCGACGCGGGAGGGCCGCAAACCGCUCGAGGAAGAGAAGAAGAAGAUCAGAGUUCGUCGCCGCCCAAACAAGUGA